AAGAGGAUCGCCAUGAGUGGAAAUGAGCGGAUCACCCAGGAGCUGUGCAAGGAAUCGGAGAUGAAAGAUGGAGAGAUGCGGGAAAUUGAGGUACAAGGAAGCAGUAUUCUAUUAGUAAAGAAUAAUGGAACAUUCAGUGCUGUGGGCAACAAGUGUUCUCACUAUGGAGCACCUUUAAGUAAAGGAUUUCUGGCAGGAGACAGAGUGCGAUGUCCUUGGCAUGGUGCGUGUUUUAAUGUGAAAACAGGAGACAUAGAAGAAUACCCUGGAUUGGACAGUCUGCCCUGCUUUACGGUUACAGUGGAGAAUGGCAGUGUGUAUAUUGUUACAAGUAAAAAGGCAUUAGAGAAUGUUAAAAGAGUAAAGGAAAUGACCCGGCACAGUGCCAGUGACAGAAGUACUGUAGCAGUCAUUGGAUCAGGCCCUGCUGCCCUGGUGUGUGCAGAAACCCUGCGUCAAGAAGGUUACACUGGGAAAAUUGUCAUGGUGACAAGAGAAAAGCACUUACCCUAUGACAGACCAAAACUUAGCAAGGCAAUGAAUGCAAAGGCUGAAGAUAUCUACCUACGACCCAAAGAGUUUUAUUCUCAAUAUGAUAUAGAAGUGUGGAUGGAAAAAGAGGUUGUUGCAGUCAACACAGAUGAAGCCAGGUUAAAAUUUAGAGAUGGAUCAUUCCUUCAGUACUGCCAACUACUAAUUGCCACUGGCAGCAGACCAAGAGAGCUUCAGUGCACUGGCUCUACACUGAAAAAUGUAUUUUAUUUGCGGACUCCAGAAGAUGCCAGAGCAAUCAGUGAAGAAGCCACAGGCAAAAAGGUGGUGAUCAUGGGCAGUUCUUUCAUAGGCAUGGAAGUUGCAGCUUUUCUUUCGGAUAAAGCUAGUUCGGUAUCUGUGAUAGGGAAAUCUAGUGUGCCCUUCCAGGCUGUGCUGGGAUCUGAAAUUGGAACGCUAGCAAUGAAG